AUGGCUGCAUACGAUAGCACGGGAAACCCCCGAGAGGAUGUCCUUAACUGCAAGAUGUUUAUGGAGCUUCAGACCCAUUCUGAUGCUCUAAUGUGCAAAGUCUUUCCUACCACCCUCACUGGACCAGCUUGGGCAUGGUUUAAUAGCCUAGAUGCAGGGAGCAUUAAAAGCUUCUUGGACCUAGCUAGUGUAUUUAUCAGCAGGUUCAUUAGAGGAGUCCCAGCAAAGAGAAAAACAAGCUACUUGGAGAUAGUCAGGCAAAGAAGGAAUGAGUCUCUAAGGGAGUACGUAGCCAGAUUCAACUCUGAGGCCUUGCAGAUUCUCGAGCUCGACGAGGCUAGAGUGGUAGAGGCCAUGCAAAAAGGGACCACAUCUCCAAAGUCUUUUGGCUCAUUAUGUAGAAAGACGGCCACCACCCUGGCCGAACUGAUGAAAAGGGAUGAGAAAUACAUAAGGCAAGAUGAUGCCUUAACCACUAGUAGGUUCGCUAGGGAAAUAGGAGAUAGGGGAAAGACAGUGGAGGAUAAACGAUCGAAAAGGCAGGAGAGAAGAUAA